UAUUCUUUUAAUUAAUUAACUCGUACCCCGCUUUGUCGUUCUCUCUAUAAAGAGCGACGACAACCACCGCCACCGCAGCAUUGCCACCGUAAUCGCCACGAUCAAAACGGCGUCGUUUUGGACAAGGCGUGGAGAUUCAUUGCGGCAUUCAAUUCAAUUCCACGCACUCGUGCAGUUAGCGCCAGAUUCACAUUUCACGCAACUUAGGUACCUUCAUUUCCUCCAAUUGAAGCUUCGUUGCAAUUUUAGAGGGAAAAUUCCCUAUUGUACCUGCUACAGCUUCAAUUUUCGGUGCCUUAAUUAACUUUUCUCGAGACAAAGCGCGGAUUGUCGUUUUCAUGAUUGAUGCGAGGCUUUUCUUCUGCUCACUUUCCCCGUUCUCGGAAUUUGCACUAGACGCCCGAAUCGGAUAACCGAUGAGGGUGGGGAUUUCGAUUCGGGUGAGGAUUAGGGUUUUCGGGGAAGGUUUUAGGGAUUUGUAGGGUUUAAGUAUGUUAUAGCUGGUGAUCUAAUUCAAAUCAAGGUGUUUCCCCUUCGGGGGAUUGAUGAUGGUAGGUUGAGGAUGGUGAGGCUUUUAGGAUUGACUCGUGGGGAGGUUGAAGAACCCAGGGAAAUUGCUUCCAGGUCCAAUUUGACAAGUGAGUCCAGUGAAAAUGGGUGGCUCAUUAGGUUCUUUGACUCGUCAUUCUUCUGUGAGUGGAUUGCUGUUAGCUACUUGUACAAGCAUGAUCACUCCGGGGUGCGUGAUUAUCUCUGUAAUAGAAUGUACACCCUUCCCUUGCAGGGGAUUGAGAGUUAUUUGUUCCAAGUGUGUUACAUGAUGAUACACAAGCCCAGCCCGUCUUUGGAUAAGUUUGUUAUAGACGUGUGCUCAAAGUCGCUUAAGAUUGCUUUGAAGGUGCAUUGGUUUGUGUUGGCCGAGCUCGAGGACUCUGAUGAUAAUGAAGGGAUUAGUAGGAUUCAGGAGAAGUGCCAGAUUGCAGCCACCUUGAUGGGUGAGUGGCCACCCUUGAUACGGCCUCAAAAUCCGCCUUCGAGCCCAGGAGGCAAGAACCAAGUUUUGAAUAAGAUAUUUUCCUCGAAACAGCGAUUGUUGUCAUUAACGUCUUCUCCCACUCCUCAGAAGUCUUUGUCAUUCUCACCUUCUUCGGGAAACAAUUUGCAAGAAGAUGGUAGUCCACAGUCUCCAGAGGAAAAUAAAUUAUUUAAGAAAUUUAGGCCAGGUCCAAAGGUUAGAGAUGCUUUACUUUUUAGGAAGUCAGUGGAGAAAGAUGAUGAUGAGUCUGAGAAGGAUGGUUUUUUCAAGAGGUUUUUAAGAGAUAACAAAGGAGAUGAAGAGUUGGGCCAGAAAAUUCGCGAUGCUUUUCUCUUCCGAAAGUCAUCUGAGAAAUAUGACGAAGAUUCUGAAAAGGAUAAUUUCUUUAAAAGGCUCUUAAGGGAUGGUAAAGGGGAUGAUGAAGAAUCUGAAAAGGAUGGUUUCUUUAGAAGACUCUUAAGAGACAGUAAAGCUGAGGAUGAGGAUUUGGCCUCAAGUUCAGAGGGAUUCUUUAAGAGAUUGUUUCGAGAUAGCAAGAAUGAUUCCGAUGAUAAAACACACAUCAAGACAUCAGAGGAUGAAGAAAAAGAGGGGUUUUUCCGAAAGUUCUUUAGAGAAAAAUUUGAGGAAAAGAAGGAUGGGAAUGACGAAGGAGAUAUUGCAAAUUCUGAAGAGAAAUGUGCAAAGCCUGCUGAAGAGGAUGAAAAAGAAGGGUUUUUCAAGAAAUUCUUUAAGGAUAAAUUUGAUGAUAAGAAAGAUCUAAAUGAUAAAAUUGAAGAUGGUAUAACCAAUGUUGAGGAAGAAGAGCCUUCUGAUUUUUCUUUGUUCAAAAGAAUUUUCCGUGUGCACCCUGAAGAUGGUAAAAGUAGUUCUGCCAAUGAAAACAAUGGUGGGUUGUUUGAAAGUAGUAGUCCAGGUACAGAGAAUUUUUUCCGCAAAUUGUUUAGAGACCGUGACCGAUCAAUUGAAGAUUCAGAGCUAUUGGGGUCAAAAAAACAGAAAGAGAAGCAUCCUGGAUCACCAAAACAGCGAAAUGAGAAAUUAGGAACAAAGCCCCCACUUCCAAGUAAUCCAUCGCAGUUCCGGAAAGGAGCUUACCAUGAGUCAUUGGAUUUUGUGCUGUCAUUAUGUGAGACAUCAUUUGGGUUAGUGGAUGUAUUUCCUGUUGAAGAUCGCAAAAGUGCUCUGCACGAGUCGCUUGCAGAGAUAAAUUUACAUUUAACAGAGUCUCAGAAUACUGGAGGAGUUUGUUUUCCAUUGGGAAAGGGCAUGUAUCGUGUGAUUCAUAUACCUGAAGAUGAAGCUGUUCUCUUGAAUUCUAGGGAGAAGGCACCUUACCUGAUUUGUGUUGAAGUUUUGAGAUGUGAAAUGCCAAGCAAUUCCAAGGAGACAUCUAGUUCUCAGAAACUUUCUAAAGGUGGGAUUCCUUUGGCAAAUGGAGAUGCUUUCUUGCAAAAACCGCCCCCUUGGGCAUAUCCAUUAUGGACUGCACAAGAAGCAUAUCGCAAUAGCAAUGACAGAAUGUCCAGAUCAACUGCUGAGGCUAUUGACCAGGCAAUGACUCAUGUGCCUGAUGCAAAAGUCAAAUUUGUUAGUGUGAAUCUUUCUGUUGAAGCACAACUACAUGGUCGGCCAGAGAAGGCCAAAGCAGAUCUACAUGGUGGCAAUUGGCAUCCUGCUUCAGUUUACAGAGAUGGUAUACAAGAAGUGGCAAGGCCAGGACAUGACAGUGAUAUGGAGUGGGUAAGGGUAGUGUUGAAAGUUGAUCCUGGGGUUAAAAUGGAAGAUAUUGAGGAUCAAGCACCAAGGCGGCGGAAGGAACAUCGUCGUGUUCCAAGUACAGUGGCAAUAGAGGAAGUAAAGGCUGCUGCAGCAAAAGGAGAAGCACCCCUUGGACUCCCUUUGAAAGGUGCCGGCCAAGAUUCAUCUGAAGCACCACCAAGGGCUAAUGGAAUUAUCCCCAAAGCUAGUGAUGCGUUGUCUGGUGAACUUUGGGAGGUAAAGAAAGAGAGGAUACGCCAGGCCUCUAUCCAUGGGAAUUUACCUGGUUGGGACUUGCGAUCUGUUAUUGUAAAGAGUGGGGAUGAUUGUAGGCAGGAGCAUCUGGCAGUUCAACUUAUUUCACACUUCUAUGAUAUUUUCCAAGAAGCUGGCCUACCUCUCUGGCUGCGCCCUUAUGAAGUGUUAUGUACUUCUUCUUACACUGCUCUUAUUGAAACAAUUCCAGAUACGGCUUCUCUACAUUCUAUCAAGAGUAGAUACCCCAACAUCUCAAGUUUACGUGAAUUUUUCAUUGCCAAAUAUCAAGAAGAUUCUCCAAGUUUUAAACUUGCCCAGAGGAACUUUGUUGAAAGUAUGGCUGGAUAUUCCCUGGUUUGCUAUCUUCUGCAGGUGAAGGAUAGGCAUAAUGGGAACCUCUUAAUGGAUGAAGAAGGUCAUAUUAUACAUAUUGAUUUUGGCUUCAUGCUUUCCAAUUCACCUGGUGGUGUUAAUUUUGAAAGUGCACCUUUCAAAUUAACCCGAGAGCUUCUUGAGGUCAUGGAUUCUGAUGCAGAGGGCAUUCCAAGCGAGUUUUUUGAUUAUUUCAAGGUUUUAUGCAUUCAAGGCUUCCUUACUUGCCGUAAGCAUGCUGAGCGUAUUAUUCUUCUUGUUGAGAUGUUGCAGGACUCUGGUUUCCCCUGCUUUAAAGGUGGUCCACGGACAAUACAGAACCUACGAAAACGUUUCCAUCUCAAUUUAACAGAAGAGCAAUGUGUAUCUUUGGUGCUUUCCCUCAUUAGCAGCAGCCUGGAUGCAUGGCGGACACGGCAGUAUGAUUAUUACCAGAGGGUUUUGAACGGGAUAUUGUGAGAUAGUUUGUCAAUGGUGAUCGUUUUCUUGCUUCCUUUUGACUAAGCUUGCACGGUGAUUGUUCAUCAAUUAAUAUUUGCAUUUAUAAGUCGUUGGAGGGUGGUUGGUUCACUGUGUUAUGGCUUUAGAGUUUUUGUGAGAAGUAAGAAUUGAUAGGUGGCAGUGUGCAGCCUCUUUUCUCCUGGUGAUAGUGGGAGGAGGAUUCUGACUUUCCAAAGUACUUCAACAGUGUGAGGCUAAAUUUACUUGAGCCGAGUACUUUUGAUUUUUCCAUUCUUGUUUCUUGUGAAUGAAGCUCUGCUACCUGGAGAAAUUGCAUAAAUGCUGAGAUGGUGCAAAUUGUACAGUAAUUUUAGCGGGAGUUCGGACCAGAUUUAUAUUGGAUGUGGAUUGAGUACUGAGUAAACUGUUUGAUUCAUCAAAGCCUUGGGGUUGAGUUGCACUGCUGACUGCUGAGCAUAUACUGGCCUGGUGCGUUUUUGGGUAUCCGUUAUCAUAAUGGGCAGAACUGCUCUGUUAUUCUUUCUGAUCACAGCUGAUCUAUGGCGUCUGUCUUACCAGAGCCGAUUCUUCAAUGCUUAAACUGGAAAAUUGUUAUCAAAAUUAUUUGAUGAUGUUUGAUUGUAUCAUGUGUAAUUGAUCCUGUUUGCGUUUACGGUGAAAUUUGUUCACCAUCAUAUCUAUCAUAUAAAGUUUUGGUGGCAUCAUUGCAAGGUUGUUCAA